AUGGCGGCCAGCGGGAACCCCAACAAGCUGGCGUUCCUGUCCAUGCCAGCGCCGGCAUCGUAUGUCGCGGGUCUUGGUCGCGGAGCCUCCGGAUUCACCACACGAUCUGACAUAGGUCCCGCCCGUGAGGGUCCAUCAGCGGAGGCCAUUGCGGAGGCCCAAGCAAAGCGUGGCGAAGAGCCUGACGUCGACCCGGACCAGUUCCAAGACCCCGACAACGAAUAUGGCCUUUUUGCGGGAACAACGUAUGAGGCGGACGAUGAGGAGGCCGACUUGAUCUACGAGCAGGUGGACAAAAACAUGGAUGCUAGACGGCGAGCUCGGAGGGAAGCCCGGGAGAAUGAGGAACUGGCUAAACAUCGCGCGGAGCGUCCAAAAAUUCAGCAGCAGUUCGCGGACCUUAAGCGCGGCUUGUCGGCGGUCACAGACGAAGAAUGGGAGAACAUUCCUGAGGUGGGCAAUCUUACGAGGAAAAAGCGUAAAAGGGACGAGAGGUCAUUCGUUGUUUCCGACAGCGUCCUUGUCGGAAACAGGGCCAGCACCGAAUACGAGACCUCGUUGGAUGCCCAACAGCAAGCGAAUGGUGGCUUUGAGACUCCCGCCGACAACGGCACGAUUACGAACUUCGCGGAGAUGAGCCAGGCUCGUGACAAGAUUCUGUCGCUGAAGCUAGAUCAGGUUUCCGGGACGGCCACGUCUGGCUCACAAACAUCCAUCGACCCCAAAGGCUACCUCACAUCGCUCGACAGCGUCAUCAUCAAGUCCGACGCCGAGAUUGGUGAUAUCAAGCGCGCACGGAUGCUCUUCGACUCGCUGGUCAAGUCCAAUCCCAAGCACGCCCCUGGAUGGAUUGCUGCAGCGCGCCUAGAAGAGCACGCCGGAAGGAUGGUUGCGGCGCGGAAGAUUAUCAAGCAGGGGUGCGAGCAGUGCCAGAAGAACGAGGACGUCUGGCUGGAGGCUGCGCGAUUGCAUAACAACGACGAUGCGAAGGUCAUCCUCGCCAAUGCCGUGCAGCAUGUUGGUCAGAGCGUCAGGAUUUGGAUGGCUGCAUCGGACCUGGAGCAUGACGUGAAGGCAAAGAAGCGCGUUCUUCGAAAGGCUCUUGAACAUAUUCCGAACUCGGUGCGGUUGUGGAAGGAAACGGUCAACCUGGAGUCCUCAGCGUCAGAUGCUCGUAUUCUUCUUUCACGUGCCGUCGAAGUCAUCCCUCAAUCCGUCGAACUCUGGCUCGCGCUCGCCCGGUUAGAGACCCCAGACAACGCGAAGGCGGUGUUGAACAAGGCACGUAAGGCAAUUCCUACAAGCCACGAGAUUUGGAUAGCCGCUGGUCGCUUGCUCGAGCAAGUAGCAUAUGGUCCCGAGAAGACUGCCGAACUGCGGGAAAAGGAACUCGGAUUGGUGGAUAAGACCAUCGAAGGCGGUGUGCAGGCCCUCCGCCGGCACCAGGUGCUGCUCACGCGCGAGCAGUGGCUCAAGGAGGCCGAGCGAUGCGAGAACGAGGGCGCGCCACGGACAUGCGAGGCGAUCAUCAAGGCGACGGUCGCGAUGGACAUCGAGGAGGAGGACCGACUGGACACCUGGACGAGCGACGCCGAGGCAGCGGAGGCGAAGGGCAACGUCGGCGCAGCACGGGCGAUCCUCGCGUACGCACUGCGUGUGUUCCCCGACAAGCGCGGCCUAUGGCGCAAGGCGGCGGACCUCGAGAAGGCACAUGGAGACGCGGUGUCGCUUAACGCCAUCCUCGAGCGCGCGGUGCACCACUGCCCGCAGGCGGAGGUGCUGUGGCUGAUGUGGGCGAAGGAGAAAUGGCUCGCGGGGGACGUGCCCGCGGCCCGCGAGGUGCUCGAGCGCGCGUUCGUCGCGAAUUCGGAGAGCGAGCAAAUCUGGCUAGCGGCUGUCAAGCUUGAGGCAGAGAACGGCGAGCUUCGCGUCGCGCGGGAGCUGCUUGUGCGUGCGCGUACGGUGGCCGACACCCAGAGAAUCUGGAUGAAGUCCGCCGUGUUCGAGAGACAGCAAGGACAGCUCUCCACGGCGCUGGAGACGCUGGAGACGGCGAUCAAGAAGUAUCCCAAGUUUGCCAAGCUGUACAUGAUUCAAGGCCAAAUUUACCAGCAGCAGGGCAACAUCGCCGCCGCUCGCGCUUCGUACGCGGCCGGAAUCAAGGCGUGCCCGAAGGAAGUGAACCUGUGGAUACUGGCGAGCCGGCUCGAAGAGGCGGACAACAAGAGCAUCAAGGCCCGCGCACUUCUCGACAAGGCGCGACUCGCCAACCCAGGCACGGACACGCUCUGGGCCGAGGCUGCGGGAGUCGAAGAGCGCAGCGGCGGCGCAGCGCAGGCGAAGACCGUGCUGGCACGCGGGCUGCAGGAGUGCGCGUCGUCGGGGCUGCUGUGGUCGAUGGCGAUCUGGGCGGAGCCGCGGCCGACACGCAAAGCGCGUUCGGCGGACGCGCUGCGCAAGGCGAACAACGACCAGUGGGUGCUCUGCAGCGUCGGGCGCCUGCUCUGGGCGGAGCGCAAGGUCGAGAAGGCGCGGCAGUGGUUCGAACGUGCGGUCGCGGCGAGCGAGCGCCCCUCCGACACAUGGGGCGACGUGUGGGCGUGGUGGCUCAAGUUCGAGCGGCAACAUGGGACGCAGGAGCACCAGGAAGAGGUGAUCAGGAAGGCCGUCGCGGCGGAACCGCGCUACGGACCAACGUGGCAGCCAAUCGCGAAGGACAUCUCGAACACUGGCAGGAGCACGCGGGAGAUUCUCGAGCUUGUCGCCGGAGCGUUGCACUGA